ACUAUCUUUUUGGCUGCCAUUGCUAAACGAUGCUGCCUUCAACUCUGCUAAACCCACACUCAUCCCAGUUAUUCUCUCUCCUCCCCACCACCCAUCUUUCUCUCACAUACACCUCCAACCUAUCUCUCUCAUCAUCCCCAGCUUCUUCUUCACUCAAAUUCCCAAGAAAGUUUCAGUCUUUCUUUCCAUCUUUCCAAUCCUCUAGCUUCGUUCAAAACGACGACGACGACGACGAAGAAGAAGAAGAAGAAGAAGAAGACUAUGUUAUUGGCGACUGUGUUGUUUUCGAGGAAGGAAUAUUCGAAGACCCUUUUCUCAAAGAAGAAGCUGAGCCCAGUAGCUCCAAUGCCAAAGUAGCCAAGCCCAAGAAAGGUGCUGCAGCAAUUCGGCCUGAGAAUUUGGUCCCGGAUAAAUGGAGGGAGGUUCAAGCAGAGAUCAAUAUUACCAAGAAAGAGAAGCGAAAAAUCGCUCAGGAAUUACAGUUCGGUUCCCGGGUCGAGAUGAAGAGGAAGGGGUUGCAACCAUUGAGGAAUGUGAAUUUGGAGGACUACUUGUCUUACCGCGAAGCCAAAUUGGCUCAGUUGAAGCCGCUUGUUCUGGAUGACCCUCCAUCGAAUUUUCCAGACCAGGUUGAGGUUGAGGAGAAUGAAGAUAAAGGGUCGCCGCAGAGUGAGUCAAUUGGGUCUUCGAGUGGGCGGGUUUUGCCUAAGAAUCCCAGGUGGGCUGUUUAUGGUAAGGGUUUGGAUGAUGUUGCUGAGUUCUUCAAUAGUGGGAAAUAUGACCCUUCUGAGAAGAAAUCUGAAGGGCCCCGGAAAUUGUUUACGAAGGAGGAGAAAAUUCUUUUAAAUAAGCGGAUACCUGAUCUGAAAUCUGCUACCUCUGAAAAAUGGCUACCCCUUCACACUCUAGCUGCAUCGGGAGCAUUUUACUUCGUGGAUGCUGCGAUGAAACACAAUGCUGAUGUCAAUGCUGUGGAUAAGGAUGGUUGGACUGCUAUGCACAAAGCCAUAAUUGGUAAAAAACAGGCUGUUACGAACUAUCUUCUGAGGGAAGAUGCAAACCCUUUUGUUUGUGAUAAAGAUGGCGCGACAUUGAUGCAUUAUGCUGUCCGAACAGCUUCCAGUCAAGCAAUUAAAAUUCUCCUCUUGUACAACGUCGAUAUAAACAUUCAGGACAAUGAUGGAUGGACACCGUUGCAUCUCGCUGUUCAAGCUCGAAGAACAGAUGUUGUGAAGCUCUUAUUAAUCAAAGGAGCUGAUAAAACCUUAAAAAACAAGGAUGGGUUGACCCCUCUUGAUAUAUGCCUGUGUUCGGGUCGUGACAGGCGCACUUACGAGCUAAUCAAACUUCUAAAGCUGUUCCCUAAGCAACGUUGAGCGAGAAAACACAGGUCCAUAAAGUCUAUGGCUCGAGUCUUUUCUGGGUACCUACAUAGCAAUUGUUAUAGUUUUUUGGUACUCGUAGGGUUUGGUGGGAAUUUCGGUUUUUUUUUUUAAAAAAGGGAAAACCUAGAUCAUAAAAUUUGUAGCCACAAUCUUACUUGAGUUGUCAUGUUGGGUUUAAAGAGACAUAGAUGAAGUUUUAGAUACAAAAGAUCAUUGGUGUGAGCUGUUUCUUCUGAUAAUUUUUUUUAUUGUAAUUAGUUAAAGCAUUGAAUAUUUAUUUAGAAAAUUAAUGAAAAAUUGCAUGGUUGAUAUAGAAAAAGCUUCUGACUUUUA